ACAUGUAUGACCUGUCCUUCCAACUGUCUCGCCUGGUGCUACUUCCAUUCUUUUUCUUCUCGACGACUACAUGCGUUCUUAAUCGCGGCAGAGGAUGAUUGGCAGACUGUACAGUGUGACUUUCUCUUCUUUCAAGCGGCUGGUCUCAUACACCUCAUCCAUGGGAAGUAGUUCACUGCUAUCCGUUGGAUUAAAUUUCAUGGGGUUUAUUCAUCCUUCUUUCCUUCUUGUUCGGACUUUUGCGGAUAUUGUUUCUGAGUCUAGGGAUUUGGAUUGGAUUGGGUGUUGGCAUGGGUUUGUGGUGAUGAUGGUGUCUUGGGUGUUUUGGGUGAUAGCUGGCGUUGGCGUUUCGAAAACAGUGGCUGGGCUUCUUGGACUGACUCCCCACCUGCAUUUUUGUCCGAGUCAAAAUUUUACUUUUCUCUGCGCUGGUGUUUUGAGUUCCGGGUACUGGAUUUAUUGCACUCAUUACCAUUUCGUGCCCUAUAAAGCGCCCGAAUAUAUCUUAUUAUUGUGAGGUGAACCAACUAGGUACCGAGAAGUGACCG